GAUUUCUUCUCCCGAGCGAGCUCGGCAGGAGACACAGGCGCUGGCUGCCCCGUCCGCUCUCCGCCUCCGCCGCGCCCUCCUCGCCCGGGAUGGGCCCCCCCGCCGCCGCCGCCGCCGCCGGAGCCCUCGCCUCCAGGCCGCCGACCCGAGCGCCGCGCUCGCCCUGAAACCCGGACCACCGCGCGUCCCUGUCGCCCCACGGCCUCUCCCCCCCUGCCCGUGCCGGCUCGCGGUAGAGCGGUCACCAUGCUGCCGCCGGUGCCCUCCCGCCUCGGGCUGCUGCUGCUGCUGCUCCUGUGUCCGGCGCACGUCGGUGGACUGUGGUGGGCCGUGGGCAGCCCCUUGGUCAUGGAUCCUACCAGUAUCUGCAGGAAGGCCCGGCGGCUGGCAGGGCGGCAGGCCGAGUUGUGCCAGGCAGAGCCAGAAGUGGUGGCAGAGUUAGCCCGGGGCGCCCGGCUCGGGGUGAGAGAGUGCCAAUUCCAGUUCCGCUUCCGCCGCUGGAACUGCUCCAGCCACAGCAAGGCCUUUGGGCGCAUCUUGCAGCAGGACAUCAGGGAGACAGCCUUCGUGUUCGCCAUCACUGCGGCCGGUGCCAGCCACGCGGUCACGCAGGCCUGCUCCAUGGGCGAGCUGCUGCAGUGUGGUUGCCAGGCUCCCCGCGGGCGGGCGCCGCCCCGGCCCUCGGGCCUGCUGGGUACCCCGGGACCUCCCGGCCCAGCAGGCUCCCCGGAUGCCAGCGCCGCCUGGGAGUGGGGAGGUUGCGGCGACGACGUGGACUUCGGGGACGAGAAGUCAAGGCUCUUCAUGGACGCGCGGCAUAAGCGAGGCCGUGGAGACAUUCGGGCGUUGGUGCAGCUGCACAACAACGAGGCGGGUCGGCUGGCUGUGCGGAGCCACACGCGCACCGAGUGCAAGUGCCACGGGCUGUCCGGCUCGUGCGCGCUGCGCACCUGCUGGCAGAAGCUGCCUCCGUUCCGCGAGGUGGGCGCGCGGCUGCUGGAGCGCUUCCACGGUGCCUCGCGCGUCAUGGGCACCAACGACGGCAAGGCCUUGCUGCCCGCGGUCCGCACGCUCAAGCCGCCGGGUCGCGCCGAUCUCCUCUACGCCGCGGACUCGCCCGACUUCUGCGCGCCCAAUCGGCGCACUGGCUCCCCCGGCACCCGGGGCCGCGCCUGCAACAGCAGCGCCCCGGACCUCAGCGGCUGCGACCUGCUGUGCUGCGGCCGCGGCCACCGCCAGGAGAGCGUGCAGCUGGAGGAGAACUGCCUGUGCCGCUUCCACUGGUGCUGCGUGGUGCAAUGCCAUCGCUGCCGCGUGCGCAAGGAGCUCAGCCUGUGCCUCUGACCCUGUUCCACAAGGCUCUCCAAACGCAAGCCCUCGGACCCCUUUCCGCACCUGCGGGACUUCUGAGCGCCAACAGGGGGCGUGAUGGGGGAGGGGGCCAGCCGAUUGCUAAGAAAGUCGGGCUUGUGGGCCUCCAGAAACUGUGAGGCUAGGGACCCGAGGUGUAAUUACACAACCCACAAAGGCCCAGCGCGCUGGAUGGGAGACUAUAACCACACACACCCCCACCUUACCCCUGCGUCCCAGGUGGAUACGGAAAAGCCAGUUUCUACAAAUCCGGAGAUGGAGUUCCUCAGAACUGCUGGCCAACAGAUGGAUGGGCGAGUUUAGUAUCAAUAAAGAUAUUUAAAACAGCAGGGUGGCCAGUAGCUUAUGCCUAUAAACCUAGCUACU